AUGGCAUACCUAGCUCGGUACAAGGGGCUGGAACAGGAAGGGCCGGGAAUUGGCCUCCUCAUCGAGAACGGACCCCGCUUCGUGGCUUCCUGCGCCACACUUCCGAGCUACUCCAGGGGCCGCUGCAUUGUCGGGGAUCGUUCCCAGAUGCAGGACAACUCGUUUUACAACAGCGGUGUGGGCAGCGUCGAAUGGGUGAUGAAGAGAUGGUACCCCAAUGCUGUCAGGAUUGCGAGUCCGUGGCUUCAUCGCCGCCAUCCCGGCAUCGAAAGGGAGGCUUGGGUCUACAUCCCGGAGGAGUCGCGCAAGAACGGCGGAAAGGCGGGCACAGGCGUGCAAGUGAAUGCAUUCAGUGGUCAUGACCAGGCAUAG